AUGUCAGGGAACUACGACUAUCCACCUGCCUCUUCCCGUCGUCCAUCUCGUCCCAGUGGCUCCACCGAACCAUCCGGGCUCAGCGAACGCUAUCCCCGUACCCAACAACUCAUCGAAGCGUUGACCUCGCAAGGCAAUACCUUCACGAACCAGGACGACCCGGUGUUGGAUACACUCCUAUCAGAGUUACGGUUCAGGGGAGAUCAAGCCUCUGCAAGUCUUGAUCAGCUGCUGGACAUUAACACCGCCUCCGAUACAAACGACGACACCCCGCGCGAUAGUCCACGCUCCACUCUUAGGCCGCCACCACCCAUAGGACACCUUGACUACCUUCGCAAUUUAAUCCAGUCCGAAAGCAAUCGAGCUAAUGCAGACGACACAAAUCGUGCAUUAGAGACGUUAAAUCAACAUAUCGAAGAGCACAAUCUUGACCUACCUCGUGUCAACCGCACUAACGUGGCUCAAGUGGAUGCCGCAGCCGAACGCCGAAUCCAGCAAUUACGAACCGACAUAGACUCUAGACACACCUCACUUAUUGAUCAGCUCCGAGCGGAACGCAAUCGGCAUCGACGUUCGUCUCCAAGCCCGCUUACGAACCAGGAGUCCUACCCACCGAUCAGCAGAACCCUCCGACGCCGUUCUUUCCGACCUGACCUCCGAGGGAUCUCGACUCUCAACGAGACCCUCCCAACUCCAUCCCUCAUGCCUCAGCCUGAUCAGACCGGCCGCGAUGGCCGCGGACGGCAAAAGCGGCGGAAGUUGGAGACGGAUGACAAUCGUGAGGGUAUGCGUGGGUUCAACUAUGGACAGUACGGGCAGGUUGUUCCGGGUGCUCUCAAGAUGGAGAUUGCUAGCUGUGAUGGAGGAAACUGGGACCCAGGCUCAGAAAAUUCAUUCCCGGAGAAUGUCCUCCGGAAUGACCAAACCGUCUACUGUACUGGGUCUGAUCGGUGCAACCUGGUCCUGCGACAUCGGGGCGAGGCACCCUUCUGCUUGAAAAAGAUUGUCAUCAAAGCGCCUCGCACCGGAUUUGAUUCGCCUAUUCAAGAAGGCAUGGUUUUUGUCUCCAUGACAUCCGAUGAGCUCCUCGCCCGCACCGCCCAAUACCAGAUUCAAUACUCCAACACACGUCGUCGUCGCCGCGCUCGUCGUACUGGACAACCAUCCCAAGAGUGGCUACAGGGCUUCCGAUCCCCGCUUCAAUCACUGGAGCGAACAGUGCUCAUGGGACCUAAUCCGAACGCCGCUCCAGAGGAUGACGAACCCACAGACCGAAACGCAAAUAAUCCACAGGCCGAGUUCCGCGUUACCACAGAUUAUGAUGAAAUAUCCGAGGAUAACGUCUUUAUUGACCGUGAAGAUGAGGACGUACCCUCCAUCACCGAGCUUGAGCGAAUUCAAGAAGAUGACCUUCUGUGCUCAGAUACCGAUGAGAGCAUCAGCGACGAUGACGACAAUGACGAUACCACGAUGAGCAAUUUCCACCGCCGGCGCCUUGAACUACAGCGCCGCAUCGGAACUACGCGCCGACAAUAUUCUGACCCUACUUCACGUCGCCGCCAACCUCCAAGCCUAGUCGACCCGCUUCCUCCCCAACAAUAUACAACGUCUGGAUCUAGCGGGACUGGGAAUGGGACUGCGGGCGCGGAAGUAAUGAAGCCACAUGCCCGCUUCUUCAUCGAGAGGGAAAAGAGCAUGGUCAGCAUCAAGUUCGAUCCACCUCCGUCGGGCCGCUUCAUUCUCAUCAAAUUGUGGAGUCCCCGCAGUGAUGGCAAUAUCGACAUCCAGAGUGUCAUUACUCAUGGAUAUGCUGGCCCACGAUACUUCCCCAGUGGUGGAUUCCGAUGA